AUGAUAACGAAGGCAGUAGAAGCUAGUGGAACAGUUACUAUUACAACUGUAACCCAGCAACUAUUUCGAACAAAGCUGGAUUUUAACGAAUGUUUCAUUCAUCCAAAGUCAUUCUCUUUAGACCCUAACAUUUAUACAGAACUUGUAGAACAUUAUACAAACGAGGCUUUAUGUUUUCCUGUUAAAGUUAUGGAUUGGAUUCCUAUGGACGGUUCAUUCUCAAAGAAUACAGAUAGUUCAAGUGCAACAUUUACAGCAGCUUAUACGCCUAUUAAUGUUAAAAGUAUUUGGGCACUAUUUAGAAAGAAAGACAACUAUUAUGUUAAUUUUGAGAACCCUAAGUUUAAAUAUCUUCAGCUUUCCAUGGGAGCUUAUGGAAAUAUUUGCUUUAUUUCUUUUCAAUGA